AUGGGACACAAAGAAAAUUCACUGCUGGGCCUAUGCGGCUUUGCUCUGUUCAUCCAUUUCACCGCUGGAGAACUGAGCUAUUCUAUUCCGGAGGAAAUGAAACGUGGAUCAAUUAUUGGAAAUGUAGCGAAGGAUCUCGGGCUUGAUGUGGGGAAAUUAUCUGCUCGCAAGGCCCGUAUAGACACCGAGCAAGAUCACAAGCGUUAUUGUGAAAUUGAUAUAAAAACGGGCAGUUUGGUCGUCGGAGACAGGAUUGACAGAGAGGAGCUGUGCGGAGAGAAGGUGUCGUGUAUGCUGAAAUUCGAGUUGGUCCUAGAGAGUCCAUUGGAGCUGCAUCGUGUUUCACUGCUUAUUCAGGAUGUAAACGACAAUUCGCCCGUUUUCCCGAAGGAUACUAUAAAACUGGAAAUAAGCGAAUCAGCUGACAAAGGAGCACGGUAUCGGGUUUACGAGGCACAUGACGCUGAUAUCGGACAAAACGCUGUUCAGCUCUACAGUUUACAAAAGAAUGACAAUUUUGUUUUAUCUGUUCGUGGCGAUACCGAUGGAUCUAAAACUGUAGAGAUGGUAUUAGAUAAUGAACUUGACCGUGAAAAGCAACACGACUUAAAUCUAGUGCUUGUUGCAGUUGAUGGAGGCAGUCCUCAAAGAUCCGGAACUGCCGUCAUACAGGUCACUGUAUUGGACGCUAAUGAUAACGCUCCAGUGUUUAGCCAGGCCGUGUAUAGAGUCAGUCUAUCUGAAAACUCUCCUCUAGAUACUGUUGUCCUUACUGUGACUGCCACUGAUGUAGAUGAGGGAGUUAACGGAGAAGUGACAUAUGAGUUUAGUCGCAUUUCAGAGAGGGCUAAAAAACUAUUCUCACUUAGCAGCAAAACUGGAGAGAUAACAGUAUCAGGACCAAUUGAUUUCGAAAGCGAUUCUUCAUUUGAGAUGCGCAUUAACGCCAAAGACGGGUAUGGGCUUUCAUCUGACUGUAAAGUAAUAAUUGAUAUAACUGAUGUAAAUGACAACGCCCCCGUGAUUUAUCUGAAAUCGCUGACUAAUCCCAUACCAGAGAACGUGUCACCUGGUACAGAGGUGGGCAUCAUUAACGUGCAGGAUCGAGACUCUGGAAGUAACCGACAGGUCCGCUGCUCCAUUCAGCAAAACGUUCCUUUUAAGUUGGUCUCUUCCAUCAAAAACUAUUAUUCUCUGGUGACCACGGGCCACCUGGACCGUGAAUUACUGUCCGAUUACAACAUUACAAUUAUUGCCGCUGACGAGGGCUCUCCUCCUCUGUCCUCCUCUAAAAUUGUUCAGUUAUCUGUAGCUGACAUCAACGACAACCCACCUGUGUUUGAGGAACAGUCCUACAGCGCCUAUGUGACUGAAAAUAACAAACCUGGCUCCACUUUAUGUUCUGUUACUGCUCGAGACCCAGACUGGAGACAAAACGGCACAGUGAUUUAUUCUCUUUUACCUGGUGAGGUGAACGGGGCCCCGGUGUCCUCCUAUCUGUCAGUUAACGGAGACACUGGGGUGAUCCACGCUGUGAGAUCGUUUGAUUAUGAACAGUUCAGAAGCUUUAAAGUCCAGGUGAUGGCCAGAGACAACGGUUCUCCUCCACUCAGCAGCAACGUGACCGUCAGUGUCUUCAUAACGGAUGUGAAUGACAACUCUCCUCAGAUACUGUACCCCGCCCCGGAGGGCAGCUCGUUCAUGACCGAGCUGGUUCCCAGAGCUGCACACGGAGGCUCUCUGGUGUCCAAAGUGAUUGCGGUGGACGCGGACUCCGGCCAGAAUGCCUGGCUGUCCUAUCAUAUAGUCAAAUCCACUGAUCCGGGACUUUUCACUAUUGGUGUCCACAGCGGAGAGAUCAGGACACAGCGGGACAUUUCUGAAUCUGACAGCAUGAAACAAAACCUCAUUGUGGCAGUGACAGAUAACGGGCAGCCCUCUCUCUCUGCCACCUGUUCCAUGUAUUUACUUAUUUCUGACAACUUGGCUGAAGUUCCAGAACUGAAAGAUAUGUCUUAUGAUGAAAACAAUUCAAAACUGACGUCAUAUCUGAUCAUCGCACUGGUGUCCGUGUCUACAUUCUUCCUGGCCUUCAUUAUUAUCAUCCUGGGUUUGAGAUUUUGUCGCAGGAGAAAGCCCAGACUGUUGUUUGACGGGGCCGUCGCCAUCCCCAGCGCUCAUCUCCCUCCCAAUUACGCAGAGGUUGACGGCACUGGAACUUUACGCAGCACUUAUAAUUAUGACUCUUACUUGACAACGGGUUCUAGAACCAGUGACUUCAAAUUCGUGAGCUCUUACAAUGAGGACACCCUGCCUGCUGAUCAAACUCUCAGAAAAAGUUUGACAGACUUUGCCGAAACGUUUGGUCUGUCAGAGGAGUCUCCAGAGGUAUACAAUUAUGAGGCUCGACAAAGAAUGGGACACAAAGGAAAUUCGCUGCUGAGCCUUGCAUGCGGCUUUGCUCUGUUCAUCCACUUAACCGCUGGAGACCUGAGCUAUUCUAUUCCGGAGGAAAUGAAACGUGGAUCCAAUAUUGGAAAUGUAGCGAAGGAUCUCGGGCUUGAUGUGGGAAGAUUAUCUGCUCGAAAGGCCCGUAUAGACACCGAGCAAGAUCACAAGCGUUAUUGUGAAAUUGAUACAAAAACGGGCAGUUUGGUCGUCGGAGACAGGAUUGACAGAGAGGAGCUGUGCGGAGAGAAGGUGUCGUGUAUGCUGAAAUUCGAGUUGGUCCUAGAGAGCCCAUUGGAGCUGCAUCGUGUUUCACUGCUUAUUCAGGAUGUAAACGACAAUUCGCCCGUUUUCCCGAAGGAUACUAUAAAACUGGAAAUAAGAGAAUCAGCUUUCAAAGGCGCAAGGUAUCGGGUUUACGAGGCACAUGACGUUGAUAUCGGACAAAACACUGUACAGCUCUACAGUUUACAAAAGAAUGACAAUUUUGUUUUAUCUGUUCGUGGCGAUACCGAUGGAUCUAAAACUGUCGAGUUAGUAUUAGAUCAUGAACUUGACCGUGAAAAGCAACACGACUUAAAUCUAGUACUUGUUGCAGCUGACGGAGGCAGUCCUCAAAGAUCCGGAACUGCCGUCAUACAGGUCACUGUAUUGGACGCUAAUGAUAACGCUCCAGUGUUUAGCCAGGCCGUGUAUAGAGCCAGUCUAUCUGAAAACUCUCCUCUAGAUACUGUUGUCCUUACUGUGACUGCCACUGAUGUAGAUGAGGGAGUUAACGGAGAAGUGACAUAUGAGUUUAGUCGCAUUUCAGAGAGGGCUAAAAAAGUAUUCUCACUUAGCAGUAAAACUGGAGAGAUAGCGGUAUCAGGACCAAUUGAUUUCGAAAGCGAUUCUUCAUAUGAGAUGCGCAUUAACGCCAAAGACGGGUAUGGGCUUUCAUCUGACUGUAAAGUAAUAAUUGAUAUAACUGACGUAAAUGACAACGCCCCCGUGAUUUAUCUGAAAUCGCUGACUAAUCCCAUACCAGAGAACGUGUCACCUGGUGCAGAGGUGGGCAUCAUUAACGUGCAGGAUCGAGACUCUGAGAAUAACCGACAGGUCCGCUGCUCCAUUCAGCAAAACGUUCCUUUUAAGUUGGUCUCUUCCAUCAAAAACUAUUAUUCUCUGGUGACCACGGGCCACCUGGACCGUGAAUUACUGUCCGAUUACAACAUUACAAUUACUGCCGCAGACGAGGGCUCUCCUCCUCUGUCCUCCUCUAAAACUGUUCAGUUAUCUGUAGCUGACAUCAACGACAACCCACCUGUGUUUGAGGAACAGUCCUACAGCGCCUAUGUGACUGAAAAUAACAAACCUGGCUCCACUUUAUGUUCUGUUACUGCUCGAGACCCAGACUGGAGACAAAACGGUACAGUGAUUUAUUCUCUCUUACCUGGUGAGGUGAACGGGGCCCCGGUGUCCUCCUAUCUGUCAGUUAACGGAGACACUGGUGUGAUCCACGCUGUGAGAUCGUUUGAUUAUGAACAGUUCAGAAGCUUUAAAGUCCAGGUGAUGGCCAGAGACAACGGUUCUCCUCCGCUCAGCAGCAACGUGACCGUCAGUGUCUUCAUAAUGGAUGUGAAUGACAACUGUCCUCAGAUACUGUACCCCGCCCCGGAGGGCAGCUCGUUCAUGACCGAGCUGGUGCCCAAAGCUGCACACGGAGGCUCUCUGGUGUCCAAAGUGAUUGCGGUGGACGCGGACUCCGGCCAGAACGCCUGGCUGUCCUAUCAUAUAGUCAAAUCCACUGAUCCUGGACUUUUCACUAUUGGUGUUCACAGCGGAGAGAUCAGGACACAGCGGGACAUUUCUGAAUCUGACAGCAUGAAACAAAACCUCAUUGUGGCAGUGAAAGAUAACGGGCAGCCCUCUCUUUCUGUCACCUGCUCCAUGUAUUUACUUAUUUCUGACAACUUGGCUGAAGUUCCAGAAUUGAAAGAUAUGUCUUAUGACGAGAACAAUUCUAAACUUACAUUUUAUCUUAUCAUCUCUCUGGCGUCCGUCUCCACCUUGUUCCUUACCUUUGUUAUUGUGAUGCUGGGUGUGAGGUUUUGUCGCAGGAGAAAGCCCAGGAUUCUGUUUGAUGGAGCGGUCGCUGUGCCCAGCGCUUAUCUCCCUCCCACUUACGCAGAAGUUGACGGUACAGGAACUUUACGCAGCACUCAUAAUUAUGAUGCCUAUUUGACAACGGGCUCCAGAACUAGUGACUUCAAGUUCGUGAGCUCUUACAAUGAGGACACUCUGCCUGCUGAUCAAACUAUGAAAAAAAGUCUUACAGACUUUGCUGAGGUGUUUGGAGACUCUGCGAGUUCCCCAGAGUCUCUGACUAAUCCUAUACCAGAGAAUGUGUCACCUGGUACAGAGGUGGGCAUCAUUAACGUGCAGGAUAGAGACUCUGAGAUUAACCGACAGGUCCGCUGCUCCAUUCAGCAAAACGUCCCUUUUAAGUUGGUACCUUCAAUCAAAAACUACUAUUCUCUGGUGACCACAGGCCACCUGGACCGCGAACUAGUAUCUGAUUAUAAUAUUACAAUCACUGCUAAUGACGAGGGCUCUCCCCCUCUGUCCUCCUCUAAAACUGUUCAGUUAUCUGUAGCUGACGUCAAUGACAACCCACCUGUGUUUGAGGAACAGUCCUACAGCGCCUAUGUGACUGAAAAUAACAAACCUGGCUCCACUUUAUGUUCUGUUACUGCUCGAGACCCAGACUGGAGACAAAACGGUACAGUGAUUUAUUCUCUUUUUCCUGGUGAGGUGAACGGGGCCCCAGUGUCCUCCUAUCUCUCAGUUAACGGAGACACUGGGGUGAUCCACGCUGUGAGGUCGUUUGAUUAUGAACAGUUCAGGAACUUUAAAGUCCAGGUGAUGGCCAGAGACAACGGUUCUCCUUCACUCAGCAGCAACGUGACCAUCAGUGUCUUCAUAACAGAUGUGAACGACAACUCUCCCCAGAUAUUGUACCCCGCCCCAGAGGGCAGCUCGUUCAUGACCGAGCUGGUGCCCAAAGCUGCACACGGAGGCUCUCUGGUGUCGAAGGUGAUAGCGGUGGACACAGACUCCGGCCUGAAUGCCUGGCUGUCCUAUCAUAUAGUCAAAUCCACUGAUCCGGGACUUUUCACUAUUGGUGUCCACAGUGGGGAGAUCAGGACACAGCGGGACAUUUCUGAAUCUGACAGCAUGAAACAAAACCUCAUUGUGGCAGUGAAAGAUAAUGGGCAGCCCUCUCUCUCUGUCACCUGCUCCAUGUAUUUACUUAUUUCUGACAACUUGGCUGAAGUGCCGGAGCUGAAGGAUAUGUCUCACAGUGAGAGCAGUUCCAAGCUAACAUCUUAUCUGAUCAUUGCGCUAGUCUCUGUCUCCACAUUUUUCCUGACUUUCAUUAUUAUCAUUCUGGGUUUGAGGUUUUGUCGCAGAAGAAAGCCCAGAAUGAUGUUUGACGGAGCGGUUGCCAUCCCCAGUGCUUAUCUCCCACCCAGUUACGCAGACGUUGACGGCACAGGAACUUUACGCAGCACCUAUAACUAUGACACCUACUUGACAACGGGUUCUAGAACCAGUGACUUCAAGUUUGUGACAUCUUACAACGACAACACGCUGCCUGUAGACGAGACUCUCAAAAAAAGUCCAGCUGUUUUGACAGAUGUAUUUGGGGAUUGUGGUGAUUCGCUGGAGUACCACUUAUCAAUUACCAGAAAGUAA